UACAGAGAGAGAGAACGUGGAAUGUGUGCAUAUGAAAGGGGGAGCGAGGAGGAGGAGGGAGAGAGAGAGCGCGUGUGUGUGGAAAAAAAAGGAAGCAGAGGCUGUGAACGAAAAGCGAACUUAAUGAUUUCCUACCUUCCCGAACUAGACCUCUCAAUCUAACCGAUAUACUUUUCACCGCGCAAGAUAUCAAGGAGAUACACCACGGCGAGAGAAAGAAAAGGGGGAAACGAAGGCGAACCGUGUGUGUGUGUUUUGAAAAAAAAAGGCUGCCUCGACGAUUUGUACGUGAUUACAUGAUCAAAGUGAGUGCAGGCCGUCUUUUGUUGAGGCAAAGAGUGGCGGUUUUCCUGUGUAACAGCUAAAAGGAUAAACGUGUAUGUGCCGGAUUUGAUUCAGCCCUCUGGUUUCUUGGACUUGGCCCAGCACACGGAGUUCAUUCUGCAUGGUUGUCCUUGGCGAGGAUUUGGUUUUUUGAAGUUGCUUUGGAAGUCUAGAGUCAUCAGACUGGCGGCUUUUCUGGAACACUGGGGCUGUUGGUGUGGCUGAAUUUUCCCUGGAUUUGAUUGGUCAAUUCAGAAGACUGAAGCCCAGGCUGACAGUCUACCUUUCACGGAGGCCCAGCCGUGAGAGGACUGAGGAAGGCACGUGGCGAAUCAUGACCGCGGACAAAGACAAGCCAGACAGAGAGAAGGACAGGGACAGAGACCGAGACAGGGAGAGGGACAGAGAGAGGGACAGAGACCGGGACAAGAGGGACAAAGCGUCCAGGGAGAGCGAGAGCUCACGACCGCGCCGCAGCUGCACGUUGGAGGGCGGAGCUAAGAACUACGCCGAGAGCGAGGACGAGGAUAACGAGAACAGGGGAGGGGCCGGGGCAGUAGGCGGGAUCAACAUGGGGAUGGGGGAGGAGUCAGGGAAGAAGGGAAAGAAGAAGAUGAUCAAGAAGAAGUCGAGGUAUGAACGGAUGGAGAACGGAGAGAUCACUUCCUUCAUUACUGAAGACGACGUUGUUUACAGACCUGGCGAUUGUGUAUAUAUGGAGAGCCGCAGGACCAACACUCCCUACUUCAUAUGUAGCAUUCAGGAUUUUAAACUGAGUAAACGAGACCAUCUGUUACUCAGUGUUAAAUGGUAUUACCGUCAGUCAGAGGUCCCUGACUCAGUCUACCAACACCUGGUGCAGGAUCGCAACAAUGAGAACGAUUCUGGCCGGGAGCUGGUCAUCACAGACCCAGUGGUCAGGGGCAGAGAACUCUUCAUCUCUGACUAUGUGGACACAUACCAUGCUGCUGCCCUCAGGGGGAAGUGUAACAUUGCCCAUUUCUCAGACAUCUUCGCUGCCAGGGAGUUCAAAGCUCGCAUCGACUCCUUUUUCUACAUCCUGGGAUACAACCCAGAGACCAGGCGACUAAACAGCACACAGGGGGAGAUCAGAGUGGGGCCCAGUCACCAAGCCAAGCUUCCUGAGUUGCAGCCCUUCCCCUCCGAGGCCCCGGGGGUCCUGACUAAGGCUGUAACGGAGAAUGAGGAGCUAGUGUGGAUGCCAGGGGUCAACGACUGUGACCUGCUCAUGUACCUCAGGGCUGCAAGGAGCAUGGCGGCCUUCGCUGGGAUGUGUGACGGAGGUUCUACGGAGGACGGUUGCCUGGCAGCCUCGCGAGACGACACCACACUCAACGCACUCAACACGCUCCACGAGAGCUGUUACGAUGCAGGCAAGGCCCUACAGCGACUGGUGAAGAAACCUGUUCCCAAACUCAUAGAGAAGUGCUGGUCGGAGGACGAAGUGAAGCGGUUCAUUAAAGGGCUCAGACAGUACGGCAAGAACUUCUUUAAGAUUCGAAAAGAGCUGCUACCCAACAAGGAAACGGGUGAGUUGAUAACCUUCUACUACUACUGGAAGAAGAGUCCUGAGGCAGCGUCGUCCAGGGCCCACCGUAGACACCGUCGCCAGCCUGUGUUCCGACGCAUCAAGACACGCACUGCCUCCACCCCCGUCAACAUCCCGUCUAGACCCCCCUCCUCAGAGUUCUUGGACCUGAGUUCAGCCAAUGAAGAUGACCUGGACAGUGAAGACAGUGAGCAGGAGCUGAAGGGUUACGCCUGCAGACACUGUUUCACCACCACCUCUAAGGACUGGCACCACGGGGGCAGAGAGAACAUCUUGUUGUGUACAGACUGUCGUAUCCACUUUAAGAAGUACGGCGAGCUGCCCCCCAUCGAGAAGCCCGUGGACCCGCCUCCGUUUAUGUUCAAACCCGUCAAAGAGGAUGAGGAUGGACUCAGCGGCAAGCAUAGCAUGAAGACCCGACGCAACAGAGGAUCGAUGUCGACGCUCCGUAGUGGCCGGAAGAAGCAGACAGCCAGCCCUGAUGGACGAGCGUCUCCAACCAAUGAGGACCUCCGGUCUAGUGGCCGUACCUCCCCCUCCGCAGCCUCCACAGACAGCACUGACAGCAAGACAGACCCCAUGAAGAAACCCAGCAAGAAGAUCAAGGAGGAGUCUCCUAUGAAGUGUGCCAAACGCCAACGAGAGAAAGGAGGAGCCUCAGACACCGAGGACACGGACAACAGGACAAUCGCAAAAAAGUCCAAGACCCAGGAGCUGGGUCGGUCCGACUCGCCGUCAGAGUGCGAGGGCGAGGGCGAGAGCUCCGACGGGCACAGCGUCAACGAGGAGUGUAGCAGUGACGCUAAAGACAUCGACCAGGAUAACCGCAGCUCCUCGCCCUCCAUCCCCAGCCCCCGAGACGGGGAGAGUGACUCGGACUCCUCCGCCCAGCAGCAGCUGCUCCUACUGCAGAGGAGGGAGAGAGAGAGGGAUAGGGAGGGGCAGUCGCAGCACCCUCCGGUUAUCCAGUCCUGUCAGCCAGGGACCUCCGGUGGUCGCUCCACCACCCCUCCAUUACCUCCCACGUCCUCCACAGCCCCCUCACUGGUCCCCCAGGUGUCCUCUCCCUCCGCACCCCCCACUUUCCUUCCACUGCCGCUACCGCCUCCCAUGCCCCAACAGGCCGGCCCCCUCUCUCUCAACCAAUCAGGGGUGUCCAUCCACCCCCAGAGGCGGCCCUCCCCCUCGCCUCAUUCUCCGCUGCAGGGGAUGUCUCAGGCUCCACCCCCAGGACCCCAGUCGCUACCUAGCGCGCUCCACGGCCCACAGCCCCACCCAUCAUCCAUUCCCCACCCACUUCAGGUUGGCCCCUCCCACCUGCCCCACCCCCACUCCCUCCCCCCCCAGUCUCAGGUCCCGCCCUCCCCACUGCCUCUCGGCCAAUUGCAGCAGCCGCCCCACAGGGUCCACACGCCUCCCAGCCAAUCGUUGUCCCAGGGUGGAUCGUCCAAUCAACUGCCCCGUGAGCAGCUCCUACCCCAUGCCCCCUCCAUGUCUAUGCCCCACAUCAAGCCCCCUCCCACCACCCCCAUUCCCCACAUGCCCAACCGCGACCCCCAGUCUCACAAACACGGCCCUCCACAUUUAUCGGCGCCCCCCUUCCCCCAGAUGCCCUCCAACCUGCCCCCUCCGCCCGCCCUCAAACCCCUCUCCUCCCUGUCCACCCACCACCCUCCCCCAGCCCACCCUCCUCCCCUCCAGCUCAUGCCUCAGGGCCCUGGCCAGCAGCUCCAGCCCCCACCAGCCCAGCCCCCUGUCCUCACCCAGUCCCAGAAUCUCCCCCUUUCAGAGAGAAGAGGCAACCAGCACCCCCCUCCUCUACCUCUCUCCGGACCAUCGCAAUCCUCCCACCCCAACACACCCCAACAGCCCCCGUUCCCUCCUCACCCCUUCAACCCUGUCCUGCCCCCCUCCUCCGCUGGCUGCCCUCCCUCGUCCUCGUCUCUACCACCAGGCCUCCAGCCUCCCUCCUCCUUCUCCAUGCCCAUCACCGCCCCGGUCGGCUCCGCCUGCACAGGUCCUGCCGUUCCGCCUGUACACAUCAAGGAGGAACCUCUUGACGAAUCAGAGGAGCCCGAGAGCCCUCCGCCCCCUCCUCGGAGCCCCUCCCCCGAGCCUACCAUCGUCAACACGCCCAGCCAUGCCAGCCAAUCAGCACGGUUCUACAAGCACCUGGACCGUGGGUACAACACGUGUGCUAGAACAGACUUCUACUUUACUCCUCUGGCUGCUUCUAAACUGGCCAAGAAGAGAGAAGAGGCGCUGGAGCGGGUCAAGAGGGAGGCCGAGCAGAAAGCCCGGGAGGAGAAGGAGAGGGAGAAGGAACGAGAGAGAGAACGGGAAAGAGAGAAGGAACAGGAGAGAGCUGCGAAAGCCUCCAGUUCGUGUCAUGACGGUCGUAUGGGUGACCCCCAAAUGGGUGGCUCCGUCCACAUGCGUCCUCCCUUCGACGGCCCCCCCACCUCCAUCGCCGCUGUGCCCCCCUACAUCGGGCCCGACACGCCCGCCCUUCGCACCCUCAGCGAGUACGCCCGCCCCCACGUCAUGUCCCCGACCAAUAGGAACCACCCCUUCUUCGUCUCCCUCAACCCCAACGACCCCCUGAUGGCCUAUCACAUGCCUGGCCUCUACAACGCCGACCCGGGCAUGCGGGAGCGCGAGCUGCGAGAGCGGGAGAUGAGGGAGAGAGAGAUGAGGGAGAGGGAGCUGAGAGAGAGGAUGAAGCCUGGGUUCGAACACAAACCCCCGGAGCUAGAAGGCAUGCACCCCUCGGCGAACCCCAUGGAGCACUUCGCCCGACACGGGGCCAUCUCCUUACCAUCCAUGGCGGGACCACACCCCUUCGCCUCCUUCCACCCAGGUCUCAACCCCCUGGAGAGGGAGCGUUUGGCGUUGGCCGCGGGACCCCAGCUCAGACCAGACAUGAGCUACCCGGAGCGGCUGGCGGCGGAGAGGCUGCACGCCGAGAGGAUGGCGGCGGUGGCCAACGACCCUAUCGCCAGGCUUCAGAUGUUCAACAUCACGCCUCAUCACCACCAGCACUCCCACAUCCACUCACACCUGCACCUUCACCAGCAGGACUCCCUGCACCAAGGCGGUGGUGAAUGUCUUGUGUGCCCUCCUGGUUCGGGGGGGCACCCCCUCGUAGACCCCCUGGCAGGAGGCCCCCACCUCGCCCGCUUCCCUUACCCGCACGGCGCAAUCCCCAACUCCCUCCUGGGACAGAACCCACAUGAACAUGAGAUGCUGCGACACCCCGUCUUCGGUACUCCGUACCCCCGGGACCUUCCUCCCCAGAUGUCCGCAGCCCACCAGCUCCAGGCCAUGCAUGCCCAGUCUGCAGAGCUGCAGCGGCUAGCUAUGGAACAGCAGUGGCUGCAUGGACAUCACCACAUGCACGGUGGCCCACUACCUGGCCAAGAGGACUAUUACAGCCGCCUGAAGAAGGAAAGCGACAAGCAACUGUAACUGACCAAUGGGGGACGCGGAGACACGCAGGAAGUUGCCUAGGACACAGGAAGUAGUUACAGAACAGUCAGUCAAUCAAAGGAACACAACCUCUGCUCCUCCAAAAUACAAUUCUCCAAAAAACAACGGAAGGUGAAGAAGGAGAGGAGAGUUGUUCUAUCGUCUGUUUUCUUUCCCUGUCUGGUUGGGGGGGGGGGGGGCUUUUUUUUCUUUUUACCCCCCCACAAAAACAUUAAGAAAGACUUUGUUUGGUGUAACUAUAGCCUUCAAGUAGUGACAACGACCUCGAGACUGCAUGAAAACUACUGUAAAAGCUUCCACAACGUGUUUCGUAGGUGGUAGAAAUGCAAGACACUUUGUCACUGUUGCUCGUCGACGGAGAAGACGAAGACCAGUAUAAGAGCAUCGUUCCAGACAUUAUAGCCGCGGAAAGAUUCAGAACAAAGUCGUAUAUUAUUUUAAUACAUUGUUGGAGGUUUUCACCGUUUUUACGAAAAGCUGCAGCGUGACGUUAUUGAGUCUGUAAAUAGUAUAUCUAUAUAUAUAUAUAUACACAUACAUAUAUAUAUAUACAUAUAAGUGUUAUUAUUGUUACUAGGUGUGGACUCGGAACCAAGUCAUUUAUAAACCUCCAAUAUGUUAUUGUGUUCUGAAGCAUUAUUACAUGUUUUAACGGGGGGGGGGGGCAGACGGUGGUCUCAGACCUGAUAUACCUUAGAGAGAGCGAUAUAGUCCCAGACACCUAUCAUUAUACACCCCUUAACGACCACCUUAUUGGCUAACAGAAUGCCUGAACUCACUGUGUUGUUGAGGUAAUGAUUUGACACACUUGGAAGAGGAGUCACUGAGUCAUCUAUGGAUCAGCAUACUCUCCUGCCCUGUCCUGCCCUUUCCUGCCCUUUCCUGCCCUGCCCUGCCCUGUCCUGCCCUGCCCUUUCCUGCCCUGCCCUUUCCUGCCCUGCCCUUUCCUGCCCUGCCCUUUCCUGCCCUGCCCUUUCCUGCCCUGCCCUUUCCUGUCCUGCCCUGUCCUGCCCUGCCCUUUCCUGCCCUGCCCUUUCCUGCCCUGUCCUGCCCUUUCCUGCCCUGUCCUGCCCUUUCCUGCCCUGUCCUGCCCUUUCCUGCCCUACCCUGUCCUGCCCUGUCCUGUCCUCUCCUGCCCUACCCUGUCCUGCCCUUUCCUGUCCUGCCCUGUCCUCUCCUGCCCUGCCCUUUCCUGCCCUGUCCUGCCCUUUCCUGCCCUGUCCUGCCCUUUCCUGCCCUACCCUGUCCUGUCCUGUCCUCUCCUGCCCUUUCCUGUCCUGCCCUGUCCUCUCCUGCCCUGCCCUUUCCUGCCCUGUCCUGCCCUGUCCUCUCCUGCCCUACCCUGCCCUGCCCUGUCCUGCACUUUCCUGCCCUACCCUGCCCUGCCCUGCCCUACCCUGUCCUGCCCUGUCCUAUCCUGCCCUACCCUGUCCUGCCCUACUCUGCCCACCCUGUCCUCUCCUGCCCUACCCUGUCCUACCCUACCCUGUCCUACCCUGUCCUGCCCUACCCUGUCCUGACCUACCCUGUCCUGCCCUACCCUGUCCUACCCUGUCCUGCCCUACCCUGUCCUGCCCUACCCUGUCCUGCCCUGUCCUACCCUGUCCUGCCCUACCCUGUCCUGCCCUACCCUGUUCCGCCCUACCCUGUCCUGCCCUACCCUGUCCUGUCCUACCCUGUCCUGUCCUACCCUGUCCUGCCCUACCCUGUCCUGCCCUACCCUGUCCUGUCCUACCCUGUCCUGUCCUGCCCUUUCCUGCCCUGUCCUACCCUGUCCUGUCCUGACCUACCCUGUCCUGACCUACCCUGUCCUGACCUACCCUGUCCUGCCCUACCCUGUCCUGCCCUACCCUGUCCUGCCCUACCCUGUCCUGUCCUACCCUGUCCUGCCCUUUCCUGCCCUACCCUGUCCUGUCCUGCCCUGUCCUGUCCUACCCUGUCCUGACCUACCCUGUCCUGCCCUACCCUGUCCUGCCCUACCCUGUCCUGCCCAGCCCUACCCUGUCCUACCCUGUCCUGUCCUACCCUGUCCUGCCCUACCCUGUCCUGCCCUGUCCUACCCUGCCCUGCCCUGUCCUACCCUGUCCUGCCCUGUCCUACCCUGCCCUGUCCUACCCUGCCCUGCCCUGUCCUACCCUGUCCUACCCUGUCCUACCCUGUCCUGUCCUACCCUGUCCUACCCUGCCCUGUCCUCUCCUGCCCUGUCCUACCCUGUCCUGUCCUACCCUGUCCUGUCCUACCCUGUCCUGUCCUGUCCUGUCCUACCCUGUCCUGUCCUACCCUACCCUGUCCUACCCUGUCCUGUCCUACCCUGCCCUGUCCUACCCUGUCCUGCCCUGUCCUACCCUGCCCUGUCCUACCCUGCCCUGCCCUGUCCUACCCUGUCCUACCCUGUCCUACCCUGUCCUGUCCUACCCUGUCCUACCCUGCCCUGUCCUCUCCUGCCCUGUCCUACCCUGUCCUGUCCUACCCUGUCCUGUCCUACCCUGUCCUGUCCUGUCCUACCCUGUCCUGUCCUACCCUACCCUGUCCUACCCUGUCCUGUCCUACCCUGUCCUGUCCUACCCUACCCUGUCCUACCCUGUCCUGUCCUACCCUGUCCUGUCCUGUCCUGUCCUACCCUGUCCUGUCCUACCCUACCCUGUCCUACCCUGUCCUGUCCUACCCUGUCCUGUCCUACCCUGUCCUACCCUGUCCUGUCCUACCCUGUCCUACCCUGUCCUGUCCUACCCUGUCCUGUCCUACCCUGUCCUGUCCUACCCUACCCUGUCCUACCCUGUCCUGUCCUACCCUGUCCUGUCCUGUCCUGUCCUACCCUGUCCUGUCCUACCCUACCCUGUCCUACCCUGUCCUGUCCUACCCUGUCCUGUCCUACCCUACCCUGUCCUACCCUGUCCUGUCCUACCCUGUCCUGUCCUACCCUACCCUGUCCUACCCUGUCCUGUCCUACCCUGUCCUGUCCUACCCUGUCCUGUCCUACCCUACCCUGUCCUACCCUGUCCUGUCCUACCCUGUCCUGUCCUACCCUACCCUGUCCUACCCUGUCCUGUCCUACCCUGUCCUGUCCUACCCUACCCUGUCCUACCCUGUCCUGUCCUACCCUGUCCUGUCCUACCCUGUCCUACCCUGUCCUGUCCUACCCUGUCCUACCCUGUCCUGUCCUACCCUGUCCUGUCCUACCCUGUCCUGUCCUACCCUACCCUGUCCUACCCUACCCUGUCCUACCCUGUCCUGUCCUACCCUGUCCUGUCCUGUCCUACCCUGUCCUGUCCUACCCUACCCUGUCCUACCCUGUCCUGUCCUACCCUGUCCUGUCCUACCCUACCCUGUCCUACCCUGUCCUGUCCUACCCUGUCCUGUCCUACCCUACCCUGUCCUACCCUGUCCUGUCCUACCCUACCCUGUCCUACCCUGUCCUGUCCUACCCUGUCCUGUCCUACCCUACCCUGUCCUACCCUGUCCUGUCCUACCCUACCCUGUCCUACCCUGUCCUGUCCUACCCUGUCCUGUCCUGUCCUGUAGUUUACAGGCCCCUGAUGCAGACACCAUCUAAAGCACUCAAAAGAAGACCGUAUUAAAUCCUUCAGCGCUUUUCAUUGGUUUUGACACUCGACUUCAGUGUUGACACAACAAAAGGUUUAUUUAUUUUUUAUUUUUUAAGAUUAGGCAGAUAUUUAACCCGGGUUUUACCUUUUCUUUUCUAAUGUUUUAAAUUAUCGUUGACAAAAAAGUGUAUCUAAACUACGUGAGGCUUGUUAAAUGUGUUCUGACUGUGGGUGAGUUGCUAGAGGUAACCAAAGGUGGUGGUUAUGGUUAGUAUUUUCCUCCCUCUACCUGGUCAAGUGUAUCUGACUGCUACAGUUGGAAACCUCCGAUUAGAUCGUCCUCCAGAGCAGUGUGCUGUGCUGCCAUAUUCACUGUGACACUAACGGGCCUAGCUACAUGGGAGGUGGGGGUCCAGACACUAACAGGCCUAGCUACAUGGGAGGUGGGGGUCCAGGGCUGGAACCAGACACUAACGGGCCUAGCUACAUGGGAGGUGGGGGUCCAGACACUAACGGGCCUAGCUACAUGGGAGGUGGGGGUCCAGACACUAACGGGCCUAGCUACAUGGGAGGUGGGGGUCCAGACACUAACGGGCCUAGCUACAUGGGAGGUGGGGGUCCAGACACUAACGGGCCUAGCUACAUGGGAGGUGGGGGUCCAGACACUAACGGGCCUAGCUACAUGGGAGGUGGGGGUCCAGACACUAACGGGCCUAGCUACAUGGGAGGUGGGGGUCCAGACACUAACGGGCCUAGCUACAUGGGAGGUGGGGGUCCAGACACUAACGGGCCUAGCUACAUGGGAGGUGGGGGUCCAGACACUAACGGGCCUAGCUACAUGGGAGGUGGGGGUCCAGGGCUGGAACCAGACACUAACGGGCCUAGCUACAUGGGAGGUGGGGGUCCAGGGCUGGAACCAGACACUAACGGGCCUAGCUACAUGGGAGGUGGGGGUCCAGGGCUGGAACCAGACACUAACGGGCCUAGCUACAUGGGAGGUGGGGGUCCAGACACUAGACAGUAAAGAUGUAAUAUCCUGUCAACCCCCUCCUCUCCUGUGUUAGCUCCUUCUACUCCUCUCUGGUCCCAUUCAUGACCUCUGUCUGUCUGUUUGUCUUCCAUGCUCCAUCACUCUGGUCUUCUACUCCUCUCCCCUUCAUCCUUCUCCUCCUCCCUCUAUUCCUCUCCUCCUCUAACCUUUUAGUCCAUCCCUCUCCUCCUCCUCCUCCCUCUCUUCCUCUCCUGCUCCAGCCUUUUAGUCCACCCCUCUCCUCCCUCUCUUCCUCUCCUCCUCCAACCUUAGUCCAUCCUCCUCCUCUUCCUCUCCUCCUCCAGCCUUUUAGUCCAUCCUCCUCCCUCUCUUCCAAACCCUUGGAUGUUUAGUGUUGUCAAUUGUUUAGCUUCUCUUUCAAAGCGGAAAUAGCAGAAUUUAUAUAUAAAACUGGUAUCUUGAAGCUUAUUGUAUAUAUUAGUAGUUGCCAUGGGGAUGACGACACGACAAUGUAAACAAAAAGUAGAAAUACGAAAAGUUGUGAUUCCUGUUCUCUCUCCAUUUGAGUAUUUUGUAUUUUUGUUUUUUUUUUCAAAAAUUUGUGGAAUUAAAAUAAAUGACUAAGUUACACCACAAAA